GGCUUGAUUAUCACCAUAUAUAUCACCUUUUUGAGAAGUGUGAUGAUACCUGCUAAGCCAGUAAUCCCCAAUGACUGUUAGGUUCCAUGGCUGACCUUCUCAGGAGUUAGAUGGGCCACAGCCAACCCACCUGGCUCCCAACUCCAGAGAAAAAAAAGAAGAAAGAAAUGAGAGAUCAAUUCCACCGUCUUCUUCUUCUUCUUCUUCUUCAUCUUUCUUUACUUUCUUUACUUUCUUUUGGUUCCAUAACGCAAGCAAAGUCUGUAAUUGAACCGUGCAGUUCUUCAGACUCCUGCAACUCUCUUCUCUCCUAUCUUCUUCCUUGGGACUCCAAGCUCUCUGAGAUUGCAUCACGCUUCCAAGUCAACAUCUCUGAUAUCUUGGCUACCAACUCCAUGGACCCAACAAGGCCAUCCUCUGCAAGCCAAAUCAUCCCUGCAAAAUCACUCGUGAAAGUCCCCAUCCUGUGUCCUUGUGUGGACGGCAUUCGCCGUUCUCUGUCCACUACUUACACAGUCAAAGCGGCUGACACGAUGGAUUUAAUAUCAGAGGGGUACGGGGGGCUUGUGAGUGCAGAUCAGAUAAGAAGCGUUAAUGGAGGAAAAGGGGCUGGGUAUGGGCAGAGCCUUGUGAUUCCAUUGCCAUGCACAUGUUUUGGUAACACAAACAACGGUGCGACUGCUGUGUACAUGUCAUAUGUGGUACAGAGAGGGGAGAGCUUGGGCAGCAUUGGAGCUCGAUAUCAUACUACUGUCACUGACUUGGCCGCGGUUAACGGCCUCGGCCAACCGGUGAUCAACCCCGGAGACAUUCUGGCUAUCCCAAUACCAGCAUGUUCAUCAGCAAAUCUCAGGUGGUACAACGAAAGCCUAAUAGUUGCAAAUGGCUCCUAUGCUCUCACUGCCAAUAACUGCAUCAGAUGUAGCUGCACACCCACUCAUCUCAACCUGCAAUGCUUUCCAUCUGGGAUCAUGGUCGCCUGCAAUCGUUUACAGUGCAAAGCAUCCCAUCUCUUCAUAGGCGAUGUGGUUGUCACCAAAACUCCUGCUGGGUGCAACAUCACCACUUGUGUGUACCGUGGCCAUGGCGGUCGGAAAAUUUUCAGAAGCUUGGUAAAUUCUUCUCAUGUUAAUUGCUCAGGUAAUGAGAGUUACUGGGAGACAUCGCCCAUGGCAUCCCCGUCUCCGGAAACCAUGUUCCCAUCCAUAUCAUUGUCUCCAUCUCCAUCUCCAUUUUCGGCUCCAUCCCCGUUUUCAGUUUUUGGUGCAGGGACUGCAUCCGAUUCUAGAAGUAACCAAACCUCUAAUUCUUCUAGUGGAGUGUUUCUUAGUCUAAGUAUUUCGUGCUUUAGUUUGUUGAUUUUACAACUUGUCACUUUAUUUAUUUUGAAAUGAGGGUUUAUGUUUA